CGUAAUACUCGCUUCCGUCGACGCACAUGCGAAGAUCCUCAUCAUGAAUGUGCGGUACCAUGACUAGUAUGGGGUAUACUAGUCCCUCUAUUUAUUUUGUUAUCUCCACAGGCAUGAACCAGUCUGCCGGAACGGCUCCGUAGAGUACUUUAGUUCUGAUUGUGUCGUUCCUCCCCAGUGUCGCUGUCGCUUUUCGUCCACUAAUUAUCCCCGCAUUAUACGGUGUGAUAACAAUCUCUACAUUUGGUUACAGAUCAUACACAUAAACGAAACGAACAAGAAUAGAGCCAAGAUGCCUGAGGUAUCCCCAGAAGUCGCCCAAAUCAUCACCAAGAAGCAGCUCUGGUACUGUCGCUUCGCCGACACUGGCAAGUGGGACCAGUUCGAUAAGGUUGCUUUGCCCGAGUGCACUUUCGCGUACCAUUCGGAAGGCAAUAUCUUCGUUAAUCAUGGGCUGACUUAUGCGUGGAACUCGACGGACGAGUUUACGUCGUUCUUCAAGGUGGCCUUCGAGAAACUCCAGACUCUCCAUGUGUCGGGCCCCGGGGAGUUCGAGUAUGUUAGCGAGGACGAGGUCAAGGCCGUAUUCGUCGCCGCCUACUAUUCAGCGUUGAAGGAUAAGUCACAGGAGUCACACGGAGUUCAAGGUGUUGGCGGAGGACACUAUUUCCAGACAUACAAGCGCAAGGGUGACGAUUGGUUCCUAUCAGAGCUUGUCUUUGAUCGCAUAUAUGAACAGUGAGCAUAGAAGCCAAUGACACCACUUGGAACAACCUAUCGAAGCAUCAACCCGCCGGGAGGAGAAGCUAGAAAGUGAGAUAGAGUGCCGAGAAUUCCGAUUACUUGGCUGAAUAGGGUCUUGAUAUAAUCAUUUUGUCUCUCCCUCGUAUCGGACGUUGGAUAUACCAGAGCUUGUCCGCCAUGAUGGCUUGAUUCAGGGUUAUUGAUUGGUUACAAUUAGGCGGCCUGUCUUGCUUCAAUUCAAUACUAG